AGUUGCGUUUUGUUGGUUGCCUAACUUGGUGUAAAAUUCGUAACAGUUUGUGACUGUGACUGUUGUCUUGUUGAUGGGGCUGUAACAGUCAUUGUUUUUCACUGCGGAGCAAUCGUAACAUUCCAAGGCCCCACCUACACAAUAAAAUAUACGAGUUUUGUGCUUUGUAAAAUGGUCCUAAUUUUCACAUUCCCGCCAAAUUUAAAACUGAAAAAAUUGAAACUUACUCAACGAAAUAAAUGAGCAAAGAAGUGUCACAACAACGGUUUUCACCAUUCUGCCAGCUCGAUUUUGGCAAAAACUGAUCUAUGUUUCGAAUUGUUUCCUUUAUUAUAGGGUUGAUCAGUAAACAUCGAGUUUUAUUAUUUUUUGGCCAUAAACCUGAUUGCAAUGCAAUGUUUGAGUAGUGAAAUCAUGAAAUGAGUAAAAAAGGUGUGCGACAUUUUUCCAACUAUAACGAAUUUCUAUUGCAAGUCGUUUAUGAAGGUUUAUCAAGGUUUCGUAACAGAAUUUCACAAGAAUUUGAAAAUUGGCGCUUUGUAAUCCACUCCCCAUCCCAUGUUACGUCACUGGGAUUUACUGUCAUAAUCAGUCAUAGCCGUAGAUGUUUACUCUUUGUUAAAAAACGCUUAACAUAUAAAAAUAACGAUAAAAAUUCGUAAAAAGGCUUUUUUUUUGGUGAAUUUUUGCUAAAAUGGGUGACAACAGUGUUGUUUACUGGUAUUCCAAUCUUGAGAAACAUUUGUGUGGUUAUUGCAAAAACCCGAAUGGAAAUGUGUCCCACGGGAUGUGGGCAAAAAUCCUUUCAGUUGAAGACUACCAAAAUUUGAUCGAUAGAGGAUGGAGACGCUCGGGAAGUUACUGUUACAAGCCUCUAAUGAACGAAAUUUGUUGCCCCAUGUACACCAUUAAAUGCGACGCUUUGAAUUUUCAAUUAUCCAAAUCCCAGAAGAAAGUGAUUAAAAAGUUCAAUAAAUUCCUGAAAGACGGAGUUUUGCACAAAAAUACAAAUUAUCAGGAUUGUCAGGACAGUAUUUCUGAAUUUGUCCCUAGAGAGAUUCCCGUUCCCGCCCACGUAUUAGAUAAAGAAGUUGUGAUAAAUUGUGAGAAAAAUGAAGGAGAUUCUAGUCAAAUUGCAGCCCCCAGUGUGUCUCAGGUCACAGAAGCCGUCCCUGGUACGAGUUCCCUGCCAAAAACUGGCGUCGGGGCUGAUCCCAGCAAGCCCCCUUGCAAGAAAGCAAAAAUACUUCGAAUGGAAAGGAAGAAAGAGAAAUUACAAAAGAAGGGAAUUGUCUUUGAGAAGAAACCAGUCGCAAAUGAGCAAAAAACCCUCGAAGAAUUGCUAAAUGAGACAGUCCCGGAUAGCAAACACAAAAUCAGGCUUGAACUAAUAAACACGAGCCGACGUAGCGCAGAGUGGGAAAAUUUGAAACAGCUCGAAUUCGAGUUGUACAAAAAGUACCAAAUGUGCGUUCAUGGCGACCCCCCUGGGAAAUGUACGAUGGAGAGUUUCCAAAGAUUUUUAAUAAAUUCCCCUCUUCAGAUAACGCUCGAGCAAAUACAUGAAAAUCACAAGUAUUUUCACCUAACUGCCAGUUUGUUUGCAAAGUAUCAAAUGGCGGUGCAUAAUGAGCCCCCCGGGGAUUGCGAUGAGCAUCAAUAUCUCAAUUUUUUAGUUGAUACACCUUUGCAGAAUAUCAGGUUUUCGAGGGACUCAGAGUUGGGUUUUGGGUCCUUCCACCAACUCUAUUGGUUGGAUGAUAAGCUGAUAGCAGUGGGAGUUAUUGAUAUUUUGCCGAAGUGUGUCAGUGCUGUGUAUUUUUUCUACGACCCGGAUUACAGGGACUUGACUUUGGGGACCUAUGGAUCAUUACGUGAAGUUGAAUUUGCGAGAACUCUUCAUGGUAAAAUCUCAACGAUUGACUCCUACUAUAUGGGUUUUUACAUCCACUCGUGUCCCAAGAUGAGAUACAAGGGAAAGUUGAGUCCUUCAUAUCUACUUUGCCCCGAGACUUAUCAUUGGAUCCCUAUCGAAAAAAGUUUGGGGAAACUCGAAGUUAGUAAAUAUUCGAGGUUAGACAAAGUCGAGGCUGUGGAUGAAAAUUUGUGUACUUCACGAGAUGUUGAUGAAAUUAAGAUUUUAUACAACAGAAAACUCGUUUUGUUUAAACAAUACAAGAGGAAAUUUGGCGGUCACGAUUUGUUUGAUACAAUCGGACGGCUAAUUGGCCAGAAGUGUGCAAAGUCGAUUAUUUUCAUCGCCGAUAAUUAAGCGAAUUGUGGUUAUUUUUUAUUUUUUAAUAAAUGUGCUUAAGAACUA